AUCCCUUCUCGCGUCUCCUCCACCCGCAGAAAUCUCUCCUGUUCACUACGAAAGAUUAAGAACAAACCUCCCAAAACUCUCUCUGUAGUUUUCUCGUGCAUUGUGCUCUGAGACGAAUGGCUGACAUCGUGGUGCUCUUCGACUUCGACGAGACGAUCAUCGACUGCGAAAGCGACAGCUGGGUCAUCAACGAGCUGGGCUUGACCGAUCGGUUCAAUGAGCUCCUCCCCACCAUGCCCUGGAACUCUCUCGUGGACAAGAUGAUGGGAGAGCUUCAUGCGAGCGGCAUAACAAUCGAAGAGAUUGAGGAUGUGCUGAACAGAGCUCCCAUCCAUCCCAGAAUCGUCCCCGCCAUCAAAUCCAUUCAUGCUUUGGGGUGUGAUUUGAGGGUUGUGAGUGAUGCCAAUCUCUUUUACAUCGAGACAAUCCUGAACCAUCUGGGCAUACGGGAGUGCUUCUCCGAGAUCAACACGAACCCGGGCUUCGUCGACGAAGAAGGGAGGCUCAGGAUUUCGCCUUACCACGACUUCAAGUCCUCUUUUCAUGGAUGUGGUCUCUGCCCUCUAAAUAUGUGCAAGGGAGUGGUGAUUGAAAGAAUACAAGCCUCUCUGUCUGCCGAGGGCAAGCAAAAGAGGUUCAUCUAUCUCGGAGAUGGGGCUGGUGACUACUGCCCAAGCCUGAAGCUCUUGGAGGGUGACUUCAUGAUGCCGAGGAAGAAUUACCCUGUCUGGGACUUGAUCUGCAGGAACCCCAUGCUGUUGAAGGCGGAGGUUCGCAAGUGGACCGACGGCGAAGAGAUGGAGCGAGUCCUGUUCGAAUUGAUCGACACGAUAAUCACCGAAGAGGAGAUCAAAUCUGGCCAGUUGAUUUCAUCAGACUGCAGGUUGCAGAACAUUGCUUUGUCUGCUCACGAAGCCCUCCUUCCAACUCUUCCUGUUCCUCAAUAGGAACUUCUAAAAUGACGGCAAAAUAAGGAAAGAAAUUUAUGGGAUUAUACUAGUUUGACUUAGUUUUUGCACAGCUGCACUUGUUUUUGGGGCAGCUCUUUUGGGUUGUGAUUCAGCCAAAAGGGAAAAUGGAGAAACAUAUGGGAACCUCUGUAGAGCUUUGGAUGUUUAUGAAUUUCCCAUUGGUCAAGUACUGAUCAAGACGAAUACCUAAUAACACCAGCUUGGUUCUGGUUCUGGUUC